GAUUAGGCAUUUACUUCUCAAGCCUCCUCCUCCCUUUUCACAACUCUCUCUCUCCUGGGAUAUCUGAAGCAAGCCGCUGCAGAGCUGAGUAACAGGACAGAGCUGUUUCUGCUGCUUUUGACAUCUUCCGAGUCUCUGCAGUUCCCAGAGGGAGCCUCGCUGGGCUCAGUCCAGAGUCCCCCUGAUCCAGUUUUUACAAAUGUCUAGCAAGGAUUUACCUUUCCAAUAUGACAUCGGAAGAAGAAGCAAUUAUGUGGGACGUGGCCAAGAAACACAAAUUGAGACUAUCAAAGCCUAUGUUUGCCAACCCCCUUUCCCCACAGACAAAGCUGUGAUUGUGGUUCAUGACAUAUACGGGUGGCAGUUCCCCGACACCAGAUACAUUGCUGACAUAAUUGCGGCUGAAGGAUACUUAAUCAUCUGCCCAGAUUUUUUCCUGGGGAAAGCACCUUGGACACCUAAUGAUCGCUGGCAGAAUUUUGGGGACUGGUUAAAACAUCGGGAUCCCAUGAAAGUAGACAGGACAACUGACAUUGUCAUGAAAUGUCUGCAGCAGCAGCACAAUGUCAAGAAGAUUGGUGUUGUUGGUUUUUCCUGGGGUGGAAUGGCUGCCCAUCACUUGAUGCUGACAAACCCUGAACUGAAGACAGGGAUAUCUGCCUAUGGAAUUAUCAGAAACAGUGAAGACAGGUACAAUUUGCUGAACCCCACAUUUUUCAUCUUUGGAGAAAAAGAUCAUACCAUUUCUAAGGACCAGGUCACCUUAUUGGAGCAGAAACUGAAGGAAUAUUGUCUAGUAGACUACAAAGUUAAAGUCUAUCCUGGACAAGUCCAUGGCUUUGCUCAGUGCAAGCCUGAAGACAUGAAGCCCAGAGACGUACCUUACAUUGAGGAAGCCAGGAUAGACAUGGUGGAAUGGCUGAACAGAUACCUUAUGUUUUGAAAAAUGAAGCUGUGUAGACCACUCUCCUUGAAAAUACACUCUAUUAUUUUUCUUUAACAGAUCUGUCUUAUCCAUCAGACUUUGAAAAAGGAGAAGUUGCAUUCGGUUUGAAGUUUGCAGUAACAAAUAUUGAAAUAUUUGUAUUGAAAUAUUUUUUUGAAAUAUUUGUAAUUAUUGGUUCUACUUACCUUUGAAUGGCAAACAUUCCAACAAUAUCUUCCACUGCAGGUUUUCAUAUGACAGAUAUGAUA